CAGCCACCCCUCCCCCGCCCCACCAAUCCCCCCCAUCCAUCGUCGCAACGCUAUCCACACCCUCCGCCUCGGUACCUCCUCCGCCGCCGCCGGCGAGAAGAAGCACCCAUCCACUACCUCCGCUGACAGGCCAGAUCUUACAAUGGAGCUCUCGCUCGUCUCCGCGAAGCCCUCGCCCUCGCCGCGUGCCGCCGCCUCCGCGCUCCUCUUCGCCCCGCUUAAACCCUUCCCGCUCCUCCGCUUCCCGCCGCGGCGAGCCGCCCCCUUCGCCCGCCUCAGGAGCCAGCGGUUCCAGUUCCGCCGCGCGGCGGGGUCUGGUGACGGGGAGGGCGAGAGCGACGCGACGGCCCGGGGGGAGGUGUUCGGGGGCCGGAGGGAGGAGGUGUUCGGGGGGCGGAAGGAGCUCACCGGCGUGCAGCCGCUCGUGGAGUCGCUGCCGCCCGCGGCUCGGACGGCGGCGGAGCUCGCGGUGGCCGCGGCUGCCGUGGCGGCGGGCUACGGCAUCGGGCUCCGCCUCGGCGGCGGCUCCCGGGCCGCAGCGGUCGCGGGCGCGGCCGUGCUCGGGGCAGCUAGCGUCGCAGGGGCCGCCGCGGUAAACUCUGUUGUGCCGGAGGUUGCCGCCGUGGGGCUGCACAACUACGUCGUCGGCUGCGACGACCCCACCAAGCUGGAGACCAGCGAGGUGGAGGCCAUCGCGAGCAAGUAUGGAGUUAGUACACAAGAUGCAGCCUUCAAAGCAGAGCUCUGUGACUUGUAUGCCAGCUUUCUUUACUCAGUACUGCCUCCUGGAGAUGAAGAUCUCAAAGGUAAUGAGGUUGAGGUUAUUACGAAAUUUAAAAGUGCUCUUGGACUCGAUGAUGUAGAUGCUGCAAAUAUGCACAUGGAGAUUGGUAGACGCUUAUACAGGGAAAGGCUGGAAACAAGGGAUCGCGAUGCUGACAUGGAACAGCGGCGGGCGUUUCAAAAGCUAAUCUAUGUGUCAAAUCUUGUCUUCGGAGAUGCAUCAGCCUUCCUACUUCCAUGGAAGAGGCUUUUCGGGAUCACUGAUUCUCAGAUAGACAUUGCUAUGCGGGACAAUGCCAAAAAUUUAUACACGUCACAGCUCAAGUCUAUUGGGAGAGAUCUUGACAUUGGCACACUCAUUGAAGUAAGGAGAGCACAACUUGCGUAUAAACUUUCUGAUGAGAUCGCUGCUGAUAUGUUCAGGGAGCAUGCAAAGAAGUUGAUUCAAGAAAACAUUUCAUCAGCAUUAGACAUCUUGAAGUCACGUACCAAAGCAGCGAAUAGCCCAACACAGGUUAUUGAAGAAGUGAAGAUUGUUCUUGCAUUUAACAGUUUGCUAACAGUACUAAGCAAGCACCCUCAAGGCGAUCGAUUUGUGCGUGGACUUGGACCUAUUUCGUUAGCUGGAGAGCUUGAUCAUGAUAGGAGGGCUGGUGAUCUGAAGAUACUCUAUAGGGCCUAUGCAACAGAAGUGCUUUCAGACGGCCCCCUUGAUAAUGAGAAGCUCAUUCCUUUGAAUGAACUGAGGAAUAUAUUUGGACUGGGGAAGCGUGAAGCAGAAGCAAUCAUCUCAGAUGUCAAAUCUCAAGUAUACAGAAAGAGACUUGCAAAAUGCUUUAACACUGAGUUGGCUGCGGCUCCUAGCAAAGCAUCAUUCCUCCAAAAUCUCUGUGAAGAGUUAGAGUUUGACCCUGAACUUGCUAGCAAGAUGCAUGAAGACAUUUAUAGACAGAAGCUUCAGCAGUUUGUAGCUGACGGAGAGCUGAGCAAGGAUGAAACUGAAGCUUUGAUGGCGUUCCAAGUGCGUCUCUGCAUUCCUCAAGAAACUGUCGAUGCUGCUCAUACUGAUAUCUGCGGCCAAUUGUUUGAAAAGGUUGUCAAGGAAGCAAUUGUGUCUGUUGAUGGAUACAACGCUGAUAGGCGAGAUGCGGUUAGGAAGGCAGCACAAGGUCUAAACUUGAAAAAGGAGGCUGCUAUGACCAUAUUUAGUAAAGCAGUACGGAAAUUAUUCCUGAACUACAUUCAGAGAGCAAAAGCAGCUGGGAACCGCAUUGAACAGGCAAAAGAACUGAAGAAGUUAAUUUCCUUCAAUACAGUUGUUGUAAGUGAGCUUUUAGCUGACAUUAAAGGAGAGCCGACUGCAACUGCUGAACCUGCAACAUCAAGUACGACCUCAGAACCUGAAACCACUGAAUCAGAGGGAGAGGAUGACUAUGAAUGGGAAUCACUGGAAACAUUAAAAAAGACUAGGCCUGAUAAAGAGCUAAAAGAAAAGCUAGACAAGUCAAGUCAGAAGGAGAUAACCCUCAAAGAUGAUCUUCCAUUGAGAGACAGAGCUGAGCUGUAUCAAACAUAUUUGAUGUUCUGUAUCACUGGGGAGACGACUAAUGUUUCGUUUGGAACAGCAAUCUCGACGAAGAAAGACAAUUCAGAGUAUUUAAUGCUAAAGCAAUUGGGAAACAUACUUGGUUUAACCCGCAAGGAAGCUCAAGAUGUCCACAUUAAGCUAGCAGAAAAAGCAUUUGUGCAACAGGCUGAAGUGGUUCUAGCUGAUGGCAAGUUAACAGAAUCCAAGGCUGACCAGCUUGCAAAGAUACAGAAGCAGGUUGGUCUGCCUGAUGAGCACGCACAGAAAAUCAUUAAAAGCAUCACAACGACGAAGUUAUCUUCUGCAAUUGAAGCUUCUAUAGCUCGAGGGCAGAUUGGUAUCCAACAGGUCCGAGGAUUGAAAGAAGCAAAUUUUCAGUUGGAUAGCUUGAUUGCAGAACCGUUGCGAGAAACCAUUUACAAAAAGUCUGCCGAGGAGAUCUUUUCAUCAGGCACAGGCGAAUUUGAUGAAGAGGAAGUGUAUGUCAAGAUGCCAGCUGAUCUUAUCAUAAAUGCUGAGAAGGCCAAGUCGAUUGUGCAGGACAUUGCAAAGGUUAGGUUGGAGAACGCCCUUGUUCAGGCUGUUGCUUUGCUUCGGCAGAAAAAGAAAGAUGGUGUGAUCUCGUCAUUGAAUGACUUACUAGCAUGUGACGCUGCCGUGCCUGCUUCAAAGCCGUUGUCAUGGCCCUCACCAGGAGAGCUGGAUGAUUUGUACUGCCUUUACUUGAAGAGUAUCCCGAAGCCUGAGAAGUUAUCAAGGUUGCAGUACUUGCUGGACAUAAGUGCCGAGAAGGCUGGCCAGCUUCGGGAUGCCGCAUCAGCUGGCACACUGCCAGUCGCGUCCCAAGAGGAGGAAGAAUUGGCGUUCUAGGAGAGAUGAGAUGAGAAACUUUUUUGUUAGGUAGCCAGCAGAGUCGAGCUCCUGCCAGACGCAGUGCUGUGGCGCCCAAUAGCUGCUGUGUUGUAGCUAGGCAUGCUUUUGUGAAGCGACGCAUAAUCCUGACAUGCAUAAUUAUUUGUAUAGACAAUGGACACGAACUGUGGUGACAGUUUUUUGCUGCAUUCUUUCAGACCAUACUGGCAUUGUUUUCUGUUUCUCCUUGAUCCUGACAUGCAUAAUUAUUUGUAUACAACAGUUGUUAUUGCAAUCCCUUGGUAAUAAAUGUGGUUUUGUUGUUA